GGGCGCGUUCAGUCGGCCCUCACAUCCAACCUCCAGCAACUGGCGGCAACCUUGUCACAGACCUUUCUCCGCACACGCUCCCCAGAGAUCCUUCGCGCAGCACGGUCGCGCAUCUUCGAAUGGCUACAUCAAUUGCGGCAUAGGCUAGAGUGUCUAUUAUCUCAACUUCGAUAUCACUUCCACGGCGUUGUCACCAUGGAAGGUCGCGCUUCGAGAAGCGCCCAGCAGAUUGCGCUUUCUCGAUGGCAGAAGUUCAUAGCAAAAUCACUGGCAAAGCGACUAGACCCCGAGCAAUUCGAGUCCUAUGCCCCAAUACUCUACUCAAAACAUCCGCUGCCGCCGGUGAUCAUUGCCGACUUAUUCUUGCGCCCGCGCUCUGGCAACCGACAAUUCCUCGACCCCCGCAUCCCGCAAUACCUUCAGAGCCUCUCGAAACUGCGAUACAUCGAUAUUCCUUCCGUGCUGAAAGGCCUCUACAGGUAUUCGACAUCGCAUACACAAGCACAUCCUGCUGAAGGGCAGGCUCCAGAGGGAGAUGGCGAGGCUACUCGUCUUAUCCGAUGGGGGAGCUCAUAUGGUUCUGAGGAGGUUAUGUUCUAUCGCUUGACCAAGGCUGUGGCACAAGGGGCAGCUAUACAGGAUGCCGCGGUCGCUUUAGAAAUCGCCAGAAUCAUGUCGAAAUGGAUGACCCUAUUUACGGAUGCGUCCACUGCCUUUGCAGUUGAUCCCAUGGGGCAGAUGCAGGCGAAUCAAGCCCGGGACGAGAUGGAUUGUGCACGCGCGGCCUUUGUCGCCUUGUUGCUCGGGGUUUGCGAAAAUCAGGUGGUGCUGAAAGCAUUGAGCAGGCCACAGGCUGCAGCUACUCGAAAGGCCAUGUCUGAAAGUCUUGCAACAUUUGUUCCUACCAUUAUGCACAACGCUGGUCCAGUCACAACACGGCUCGACCACUUUCGAACGAGAACACUGGCCAGUUUUGAGCCAGCGGAGGCAGGCAAGCCACUUGCCGCUCCAGAGCUGGAUCAGCUCUUCGACUCUGGGGUCGAGCUUAACAACUUCGUCAUUCCAGAAAUGCCAGUCGCCAACUCAAGAGCGGGAUUAUACAUCUACCUGAACGCCGCUCUUGUUGGUCGCCCAUUAAUCGACGACACAGCCAUCUUCAACUAUCUGAACAAUCGCUAUCAGGGCGAUGUGCAAUCCACCACUAUCGAUCUCAUUCUGGCGUCAUUCGACGUGUUGGCCAAUGCGGUCUUCGGUAACGAAGGGAACAAAGCUGCACAUAUGCUGAGGUCCUAUCUCAUGAACAAGCUCCCCAUCCUCAUUUCGAACCUGAGCAAGCACAUGUACCCGCCGUUGACGGCCGAGUACUGCAUCACCGAAGCGCUGAGCCACGUCGACACCAAUGCGUUCCCUACGCUCUCAUCUAUGUUUGAUGAGAGUCGAAACAAUAAUCCUUACACCGACUCGGUCCGGGAAGAGUUCUGCUGGGCAUGCUGCUUGCACGGCUUGCUACGAGAAAGCAGCAUAGAAACGAUACUGGGCGAAACGCCCUACCAGUCACUACCCUCCCGAGGCAAAUAUGUCAAAGACACACUCGUCGCAGAGUGUCUGGACGACCCGGAGCGCAUGCAGGCUCUCGUUAAGGAGCUAGAUAACAUGGAUGGGAACGUGGGUGCUGUCUGCCACGCUUUGACAGAGGUCUUGGCUCAAUUAUGCCGCAACAAGGAGACGAUGUCAUUAAAGAACCUCUGCAGUCAACUGUCUCGCAGGCCACUGUCACUGGACGUAAUACUUCUUUUCGAAAAGCCAACUGCCAUUCUGCAGCCAUUGUGCGAUUUACUCGACGACUGGAAGUACGACGAAGAUCAAGGCGAGUACCAGCCUGUUUACGAAGAAUUUGGAUCCGUGCUGCUUCUCCUACUCGCCUUUGCCUACCGCUACAACCUUACGGCAUCCGAUAUUGGUGCACGAUCUCCGGAUUCUUUUGUGGCGAAAUUCCUCAGUCAGGGCCACCUGAGUCGAUCCUCCGAGGAGCUUUCGGAUCUGGAGAAGAGCCAUCUGGGUGGAUGGAUCCAUGGUCUUUUCGACCAAGAAGCUGGUGGCCUGACGGACGACUUGAUAUCAUCUUGUCCACCACAAGAGUUCUACCUCCUAAUCCCGACCUUGUUCCAAAAUGUUGUGACAGCUUUUGCCACCGGUCACCUUUCAGAAGAGAGUCUGAAAGGUGGUGUUGAAUACCUCGUGGACACGUUUCUACUCCCUUCACUGGUUACUGCGAUUACCUACCUGGCAAACUCGCUGUGGGUCGAACGGCACAACCAAAACACCAUCAUCAGGGUUCUCCACCUGGUGUUGCAGCCCAGCGCGAUUUCCGAAGAAGCAAAAACCAUGCUCUCGUCAGUUCUCAACAUUGUGGCCAAGCCUUUGGAGCACUCGCUCAGGGCUUCUCAACGGCAGGACCCCAAGGACCAAAAGAUUGAUCUUCUCCUCAGCGUGUUGAAAGACAACAUUCCACUGUCACGUCGCACAGGCGGAGCAGACCACAACGAGCUGGAGACGUGGACGAGUACGCAGGGUGAAGGCCUUGCGACGGCCUUGCGACACACGAUGCAAGGUUUUGUGCAGUGGAGUCUGCACCCGGGCAUCAACAUCACGCCCACAUCGUACUCGCAUCGCCAGGUCUUGGCUGCGCUCCGGCUACUGGGAGCGAAGCGGGUGCUUCGCUUAAUCUGUGAGGAGGUCAAGCAGCAAACAGAAGCCGGCGGCGGCAGUGUUGUGUACGAUGUGGCUACGGCACUCGAUUCGGGCAAUAUGCCGACGCCCGUGCAGAGGAGACUGACGCUGCGGGACGCUGAGUUGGUCGUGCGGCUCCAUCGGCGCGUCGAAGCCCAGAUGGCCGUCGUCGGCCUGGACCUUGGCAUGGGCGGCGUAGGCGGCGACCUGGAUUUGGGCGAUUCCACUGGCAACGGCGGCUCAUUGGAUCUGGGGGCUGAUGACAUUUUCAGCGGGCUGUCCGCUGGUGGUGAUUUCGAGUGGGAUACGAUGGACCUUGGCUAA